CCGCAAAUCUCAGCUGUUUUAUCGCUGGGCUACACCAAAGGUAAACAAUGCCACCGAAGGUCCAACUCAAAAGAAAAGAAGACCAAAUUUCUCAGAUGAAGAGAUGUUGGCUCUCAUAGAACCUGUGGCAACGAAGAAGAAUGUGGUUCUAGAUAAAUUAGAUAACAGAAUAACUGAACAAGUGAAAAAUAACGCCUGGGAGAGUGUAGCUACGGAGGUGAAUCUUGUCGCUCGCGUACAGAGGAAUGUGAAUGAAGUGCGUAGGAAGUUCACAAACCUAAGAGCAGCCGUGAAGGAAAAGGCAGCACAAGAGAGAGAGAGAGAAACAAAAAAACACACGGGAGGAACAGGUGGUGGCCCAGCAGUUCUGACAAACUACAGUCCUGUUGAAGAAGCUAUGUUAACACUGAUUGAGCCUGUUGUUAUUACUGGCUUACUAGGGGUUUUAUGAAAAUGAGAUGUUACAGAACCAACUCCUGGGCCAUCUGGGACAGCAUCUCAGAUCAUAACAGACUCAGCAGUUAUUGUAACAUUGGAUGAGGGAACUUCAGCAGAGCAAGAAAUGACAAUACCCAUUGUGUCAAUGGACCACAUCCUCAGAAUUACCUCCUUUUUUAAUAGAACACAGUAACACUCAGGAUGGAUUUAGUGCAACAGUCCAACAAGCAGAGCACUUUCAAGAACAGAGCAUCUCAGCUUGAGUCAGGAGGAGGUAGUAGGCUUGAGGUAGUGCAUGGUCAAAAAAAGCAGAUCAGGAGAAUUUUGCCUGACAUGCUUCAGGUACAAACAAAUAUAGAAAGUCACCUGAAACAGCUUGUAAGCUCAGUGAAGGACACUGCAUCAGCAUUACAAAUAAUUGCUGGUGCUAUGAAAGAUAAGGCGUGCGUUCCAUGCAAUACUAGUCUUAAUCUACUCAGUUAUAGUACACAGUUGACAUUAAUUUGUGAUAGGCAUUUGUGGUCAUAAUGCACAAUGAGAAAAAUAUGUACUUACAUUUUGUACCUUUUGUAUGUAUGUGUAGAUAUUAUUAUAUUAUUUUUGUGAUGUAUCUUUAUAGCAUUUUUCUUACCAGUCUUAUAAUUCUAUAAUCACAGAAGGUCUAAAAUAAAAUUAUAUUUUUAA